GUGGAUCAGAACAUAGAAGCUUCAGUAACCAUCAUGUAUGUAUCUAAGUACCAGAAGAUUUGUUUCAUUUAGGAAAGACUUCAAGGGUUGAAAAGACAAAAAAAGGAGGAGCAGGGAGGAAAAGAAAGUGCAGACGUACGACUGUAACCCCGUGCUUCAGGUAUGGCCAGCACCCAGACCAGUUUGAAGACCCCUUUUAAAGACUUGACCUCAUUCAAAGGCAACAUGAAGCGUCUGUACAGAGAGCGAAUGGAGGACGCCCCCAUCAAGAAACGAGUGAUGGCGGAGAUCAACCUGAAACGGCGCGGCUUGGACUCCCUUCCCAAAACUCCUAGAGUGAAGCGGGAGCAGGCGGAGGAUCCGCGUCACGACGUGGAGAUGGAUGUUGAGGGCCGAGCAGAGCUGCACGUCACGGGCUCCGGUAAAGCCCUGGACCUGAGUCCCGGCCUCAAACACACGCUGGCCCAGUUCACUCUCAGCAGCCAGAGCUCCCUCGGGGGCCCGGCUGCCUUCUCCGCCCGCACCGGGCAGGAGCACUCUGCUGGUCUGCCCCCCCUGCCCUCCCCUCCUGUUUUGGGAGGGGGCCCCCUGCUGGUUCCCUGCGACAGCUCCACUGAGCUCACCCACUCGCUGCUGGAGGGAGAGUCCAUCUCCUGCUUCGUGGUCGGCGGGGAGAAGCGCCUCUGCCUGCCCCAGGUGCUCAACUCGGUGCUGCGCGACUUCUCGCUGCAGCAGAUCAACACGGUGUGCGACGAGCUCUACGUCUACUGCUCCCGCUGCGACGCCGAGCAGCUGCACAUCCUCAAGGUGCUGGGCAUCCUGCCCUUCAACGCGCCCUCCUGCGGCCUCAUCACGCUGACGGACGCGCAGCGGCUGUGCAACGCCCUCCUGCGCCCCGGGGCCGCCCUGCCCGCCGACCCCAGCGGCAAACUGUCGGUCCAGGGCCUGCUGAAAGAGAGCAAGGCCAGCUUCCAGGUGGAGCACCAGUGUCUGGGGAAGUGCCAGGGUCUCUUCGUGCCCCAGUUCUACACCCAGCCCGAGGCGCACUGCAUCCAGUGCGUCGAGUGCCAGUUGCUCUUCUCGCCACAGAAGUUUGUCAUGCAUUCGCACAAGUCCCCCGAUAAGAGGACCUGCCACUGGGGGUUUGACUCAGCCAAGUGGCCGUGCUACCUGCAGCUCGCCAGGAAGUACCAAGGGACCGCCGAGGAGCCCAGACUUAAGCAGCUGCUGGACGAGGUCAAGGAGAAGUUCCACUAUCAACUCAAGAGAUCGCUCGACAAAAAGUCAGGGGAGGAGGAUGAGGGCCAGCUGAGGAAGUCUUCAGUCGAUCUCUGCUCCGCCAGCGACAAGUUAGCUGAUGCUGGAGCCGAGAGAAAGGGGAAACCGUCUCCACCUGCGCUGGUGUUCAAUCAUCUUUUUACAGACAUCAAAGAGGAACCAGGACACCCCACCCUGGUCCAUCCCAGCUACUACCUGUACACGUACGAUAAGAUGGUGGCUCCCAACGUGUCGCUGAGGAGGGAAGCAGAGAUGAGCCCCGAGAUGCUCGGCGCGCUGCUCAAACAUCAUUACGGCCACAGAGUGAUGGGCCACGAUGAGCCGCCCAUGGAUCUCCACGCGUCGCCUCCCGUCACCGCCGGCGCCGAGGAGGCCAAAUCCCAAAGCGCCGCCGCCGCCUUGUCAGCCGCUGAGAGGGAACGCCAAACCCAGGCAGUUUCCAUGGAGACAAGCAGCCCGGGCUGCAGGAAAGCCACCCACCUCCCCUCCUCCCACACUCCUCCGUCUGCGUCGUCGUCGGAAGCGGAAGCAGCAGCUAAGGAUACGAGCGGCGUGGCGGCGGGGGGGCUGGAGGACGACAAGGACAGGAUCGUGGUGGAGAUCAUGCAGAUGUACAGCAGGCAGCAGGAGAAGCUCAACUCCACCCUGCACAAGCAGCUGCAGCUGGAAAUGGAGCUGGAGGCGUUGCGAGGGGGCGAGGCGGCGAGGCUCCGGGAGCUGAGCGCCGAGCAGCGGGAGCUGCGCAGCGAGCUGGAGGCGGUGCACAGCGAGCAGGCGCGGCAGCUCAGCCAGGCCCGCCAGGAGCAGCUGGAGCUGGAGACUCGUCUGGAGCAGCUCCGACAGCAGGCCUGCGCCUGCGAGCCAGGGGCCCAGCGCCAACAAGAGGCCCACUACACAGCACAGCUGUCGGAGCUCCGUCAGAGGCUGGAGCAGGCGGAGGCCGACCGGCAGGAGCUGCAGGAGGAGCUGCACAGGGAGCGGGAGGCGCGGGAGAAGCUGGAGCACACCAUCGCUCAGCUCAAGCAGCAGAUGGCCCAGUCUGGCAUGAUGGGAGGCAGUCCAUCUCCCCCUCUCACCCCCUCCACCGGACCCCUGAACGCCCACUCUCCACCUUGCUCUUCCUCCAUCUCUGAGGCCCCCGCCACUGGCCAUAAGUAACAGCCACCCGUCCCCCCAGGCUGCUCCUCCCUCUGCCACCACCCCCCCACAUAUCAGCUGCCAACUCCACAGACACGAACAGUUGAACCGGAGGCAGAACGGAGCUUCUCAUCUCCUCAGGCUGGUCUGGAGUCGAGGACCCCCCCCCCCAGUUUUAAUUUAACAUUUUAUCCUUUUUAUUUUAUUCCUGCUUCCCCCUCCCCGCUCUUUGAACAGUAGUUAAAGAUUUUUGGGCAUGUAUGUUUGAUUUAAUUUAUAGUUUUUAACUGAACAAACGCUGCUCUUGGAAACCCAUCACUAUGUUCCCAUUUGUUCCUGGACUGAAACACUCUGCGGACCCCUCCUCUCAGCGCAGACCACUCUUCUUCUCCCAGGAACUGCAGCCGGCUCGGCGCUCACACACACACUCGAUGCUCGCUGGGCGAUGUCCAGUGUUUCUUUAUAACAAACUCCAAACACUCAAAUACAAGUGAGUGGAGGAGACUGAAAAACAUUUAAAUAUUUACUUUUUAUUUUUCUUCUUUUCCUUGUUUUGGACUCCUUAUAGACACAAAUAUAUAAGAUGCUAAAAUAUCAAGUCUUUAUGGAGGAAAGAAAAGACAUUUAUUGUACAGAAGAAACCGUUUGCAGAUGUUGUAAAACCUCAUGAAAAUAUGCCAAUAGUGAUGCUGAAUUAGAAGUGACUGUUUGGAGUGCACCCCCUUAACCCCCACUUUAAUCCCCUUUUAAAGACAGAAAUAUAAUCUGGCCUGGACUAAAAGACAAAAGCUUGGUUUCCUCUUCACUCUGCUCUGCUGCACCUGGACUCCUCCCUCAUUACAUCUUCCAUUAGAAACAAAGAAGCAGCACUUAACACGCCCUCUUCCCUGACAAUUGAGGGACUUUUUUUAAAAUUAAAAACAAAAAACGUAAAAAAAGAAGAAAGCCUCAUGUGUGGUAGCCACGCUCUGAUAAAAUGUUGGACACGUCUGAGUGUAUCAGAGCGUUGACGCAGAACAACAGCCUCAGAGUUUCCAGUGGAUGAUCAAAGCUGCAGUCUGUCACCACGCUCCGAGGCUCCUCACCGGCGGGUUUUUACCCUCGCGCCGUUUGUCUUCUAAGAACGAGGGUGAAAGCAGACAGCCCGGUUCUGGCUCUCGUUUCAGUGAGAGAGGGGAAGAACUGGUGCGCUCCCUCCUUUCGCUGCAGACUGGGUGGCCCGGACGCCGUUGUGUACUGAGGGAGCCCCCCACGGUUUUUUCUUCUUUUUUUUUCUUCUUGUUUUGAGCCACCAGAAUGAGGGCGGCUGCUGCUGUCUGGGGGCCCCCCAGUCCACCCUCAGAGGUGCACAAAGCUCCAGCUCCACAUCAGCAGAAGUCCAGUCAGAGAAAGACAGGAUCCUCAUUGUCUCAGUUGCCAGGCAAAAAAAGCGCUUUUUAUCGCCACUAAGAAGAUCCGUGUGUACGUGUGUGUGUGAGAGAGUGUGUAAUAACUGUGUAAUGAGAGUCUUCGGCUAAACGCUGAGCUUUUUUCUUUAUGCAUCUGCUGUUAAUGCAAACUGAUAAGACAUUCCACUGUGCUCCAUCCUGUUCGAUGCAGAUAUUUUGUACACAGCUUCCCUUUACAAUAACAGAAUUUAAAGGUGCUCAUUGCAAACUGUGAAAGCAAACAAACCAUCCCGUUACAUUCAGCUGCAUCACAUGGUAAACUCAUCUUUUUAUCUUCAUACUUCACACAGCAAGUCUUUACAGAAACAUACAACAAUGCAUCAAAACCAUCAGCCUUCUCCCUUCCAAACCACUUCCAUGGACGUCGCUGCUGUUUUUAUAGGUAAACAAAUGCACUUGGUAGCUGGCAGCUGUUUACCAACAAAUUUUUAAUUUAAACACAUCAACCUUUGAUAUGAGGGGGGAAAAGUGCUGGUUUUGUUUCUUCUGAAUGUUUCAGGGGCCGCUCUUCACGACUUUGCGAUGAGCACCUUUAAAGAUCGAGCGGCGGAUGGAGGUGGUCUGUUGACGAAAUGCCAUAAACGUUUUGUUCCAUGAAAACAUUUACUGAAACCAGAGAAAAAAAUAUUUAACAUAUUAACUAAAGAUUUAUAUUCACUCUGUAAAUAAAGUAGUCAUAUAUAUAUAUAUAUAUACACACACACUAUUUGCAGACUUUUUGAGUGGAUGUUGUGGGGAAUAAAGUGCAUGGUUUACUCAGACAACAGCAAAACAAGAGAAAAAAAACACUUUGAUACACACUUCUUCCCCACUUUUAGAGGUGAUGCAUCUGUUUUUAUGGAUUUUACCUUAGCGGACUGUGUAAUGUGUAAUGUAAGCUUUAUAUUUUUCUUUAUUUUUUGCUCCUAUUUAAACACCCUGAGCUAAAUUGAAAAUUUGUAUUAAAGAAAUGAAUUCUUAAAGAAAAAAAAAUCUGCAUGAUUUGCUGCCCAUUUUAUGUCACCAGGUUAUUCUGUCAAAUUGUUUAUUGUUUAAAAAAAUAACGAAGGUUUUCAGCUGUGUAACACCACAUACUGUGGAGAGCGUUCUAAUGCAUGAAUAUCGAAGAGUUUUAUAUUAUAAAGGGAUAAAAUGCCGGCUGAUUUUAGAGUCAAAGAUGAAAGAUUGUAAAUUGUAGCCUGAUUUGAUCGAAGUUUCUGCUCUGAUACGGGAAGAUCUUGCCCAUGUAGCUCUGGAUGUGCGUUUGUGUUCUCACAUUCAAAUCAGGUAUUAUCCUCAUCAAUGGAUGAUUAUCAGUAUUACUUUCCAGUCACUCCUUUUCCCUCUAAAGCUGAACGGAAAGGUAAAAUAUUUUUUUUAAGUUCAACACACGAGCAGAUCGAGUAGUUUGCAUUUCAUACACAAGGAGGCGCUGUUCAGCAUUUUUACAUGUGUUUGUGACACGACAUGGACUAAUUAUUAGGACAGAAUAAUAAUUUCUAACAGCAUGUUGAGCCUUUCCUGCUUCUCGCAGCGUUGUGAAAACUUACAUCCAGUUUGUACAUAAAUUUAUCAGGUGUGGAUUUUAGCCAAACUGACAAAAAAAAAAGCGCAGGAGCCACUUUUGAGCUAACAUUUUUGUCUAAAACAGAGCUGCUGUGGUGACUGAUCACAUUAAAAAUGUAAAAAUAAUCUGUUGUUACGCUAAAGAAAAUGCAUAAGUUAAAAAGAAGCCUUUUUCCCCCCUUGAUGCUGUUUGGAAACCUGACUUACGGUGUCUGUGUACGACCGUUGCCAAUACUACAGUGUGAUGAGACUUUUGUUCUUGCAUGAAUAGAGACACUGUUCUCCUACCUCAUGUUGUGAUAUAAGAUGUUUUUAAAGCAGAGGACACUGCAUCUCUAACUGUUCAUCAUCAGAGUAAAUUACAAACCUGUAAAUGCUUUUAGCCGAUACCUCAGUUGUAUCUAGUGUUUGUUUAUUUUUGUUUUGUUUUUUUUUUCUUCCCUGAUUUCAGACCUUGUAAAUAUAAACCCUGUAUAGACAAUGAACUUGGAUCAAUUUCAAGUAAAGUUCUGUAGUGUCAAAAACUA